AUGGGCAGGACAUUGAGACCUGGUGUUUACGGGCCUCUGCCUACAUUUUUCACUGACAGUCAAGAAAUUGAUUAUGUGAGCUAUAAGAAACAUCUAUUGAAUCUUGCCACCCUGGGAAUCGUACCGGUCUGCGCAGGCUCGCUGGGAGAAGCAGUUCAUUUGGACCCAGAAGAGAGAGUGGAACUGAUCAAGUUCAUCAGAAACACACUUGACGAGAAUGGUCUCGCUGAAACUCCCAUAGUAGCUGGCGUCGGCGGUUCCAGUACGAGGGAAACGAUCAGAUUAGCCACAGCGGCUGCACAAGCCGGGGCAGACGCUGGUCUGGUUAUAUUACCUGCAUAUUAUGCUGCAAGUUUGAAUACAGACCACGAACAGAUUAUCCAGUACUAUGUCGAUAUAUGCAAUGCAUCUCCAAUUCCCUUGUUUCUCUACAAUUUUCCUGCAAACUCGGCGGGCUUGGACAUGUCAUCGGCCAUAAUCGAAGCGGUUAUUCUGCAAACUUCAAACUUGUGUGGCGUCAAGUUGACAUGCGGAGGUAGCAUUGCCAAGCUCGUCCGCCUCAAGGCCACCAUUGACUCGACUCCAUCGAUCAAUUCGUCGCGGCCGUAUCCCUUUUUGCUCCUCGACGGACUCAUCGCGGAUCUGACCCCUUGGAUGCAGUGCGGAGGGCACGGCACCGUCAGCGGCAUCCCCAACUUUGCCCCUGCAGCCUCCAUGAGGCUGUGGGCUUUGCUGAACAAGGCUAGCUUGAGCCCGGAUGAGCAGCGCGAGGCAAGUCGGAUACAGGCAAUCUUGUCCAACGCAGACGUUGCGGCCGUGCCUGCAGGAGUGCGCGGAAUGAAGUACGUUUUGAACAAGCGUCAUGGAUAUGGAAUUUCUCCCAGACGACCAAUGCUGCCGUUGAAGAGCGAGGAGGGCGAGGGUCUCAUGUCACAAUUUGCGCAAAUGUUUGAAUUGGAGGCCGAAUAUGCCACUAGAUAA